UUUAAUGCUGGCCACACACAGGAUCAGGAUGACGAUCCCGAUGAUGGAGGGGGAAUCCGAAAAGCUAAGAUCCUGAAGGCUGAAGGCUGAAGGCUGAAGGCUGAAGGCGGAGAGGAGUCUUCCAAAAUUUGCCAAGCCAUGGAGUGCGCACUGCAUUCUGUUUCUGUUUCUGUUUCUUCCUUCAAAAAUUCAUCCUCUCCCGCUUCCAAUUCCUUUGCUCUUCCCUCCUCCCGCAGCUUCCGGCCGCCGCCGUUAAGGUUAUUGCGGCAUCUCAGCUUCCAGCCAAGAACACCUCUACACGCUUCCGCUUCCGCUUCCCAGUCUCAAAUUCCUCAAUCUUCAGCCCGUUGGAUCCUCCUACCCGUUGGCGAUGGAGAUUGGAAGCAUAUAGGUUCCAAGGUUGAAAUGCCAGAUGCUUUCGAAAUUGUGUCGAGUGAGGUCACUGUUGGGCGCCUUCCCGAUAAAGCUGACAUUGUAAUCCCAGUUGCAACAGUUUCUGGUCUUCAUGCUCGCAUCAAAAACCAACAAGACAGGCUGUUGAUCACAGAUCUAGACAGCACCAAUGGGACUUUUAUCAAUGACAAGAGGCUCAACCCUGGAGUUGUUGCUGCUGUAUCAUCUGGGAAUUGCAUUACUUUUGGGGACAUCCAUCUGGCCAUGUUUCAGGUCUCAAAGCUCAAGACUGUAGAAGCUGCAACCAAACUCCAAGAAUCGGCGGAGCCAACCAACAACUCUGAAUUGGAAACAAGUUGAUAAAAAUGGCACAUUUUAUAUGCCAUCUAGAGAGAGAGAGAGACAGCAAAUAUGUGCAAAAAUCUGCACCUUCUGUAUUGUUUGUAACAGUAAUCUUUGCAUGAAUUUUUCCAUAUGAGUUGAGGAAAAUAUUGAAGUGCCAAUGAGUCAUCUGAUAGACCAUUUAGUUUAAAUUGACAGUAAAGGGUCAAAUUGUUAAAUUUUUUUUUUUAUGGACAACGGUGACUGGAGCAGAGGGAUUCAAAUUUAGGCUGCCUAUUUCUAAA